UGGGCUUUCGCCAUUGGGCUUUAGUUUCUUUUGACGUGUAAAGUUAAGCAAUGACCUUCUCCCGCUUCGUGACGAUCGGCCGUGUGGCUCUCAUUAACUACGGCCCCGACGCCGGCAAGCUCGCCACCAUCAUCGACGUUGUCGACGAGAACAAGUGCCUCGUGGAGGGCCCGUACUCGGUCACGGGUGUCAACCGCCACGUCAUCUCGUUCAAGCGCCUUGCGUUGACGGACCUGACGGUCAAGAUCCCGCGCCAGGCGCGCGAGGCGACCUUGAAGAAGGCGCUUAUCAAGGCCGACACCCUCAACAAGUGGGCCGCUACGGCCUGGUCCAAGAAGAUGGAGGCCAAGAAGACGCGCGCGGGUCUUAACGACUUUGACCGCUUCAAGGCCAUGAUUGCCCGCAAGCAGAAGUCGAGCUUGAUCAAGAAGGCCGCCGCCGCCGCCAAGAAGAACUAAAUUGCUUUUGCCAGCCACAUGGUGAUUGAGGAUGACCUUCUUGAAUGGUAGUAGUCUUGCUUACAUUUUGGGCGUCCCACCCGACUAGAAUAGCCCUUCCAUCCGAGUAGACGCACCUAUGAACCUAAUGCACGACGUCGAAACACA